AUGGUACAUGUGCCAGAACGUAACCCAACUCGUUUCGAUGACACGCCAUUUAACGGGCCCCCUACCCUAAACCUCGAGAGCCUUCUAAUGAAGCCCGCCGUGGACACGCCUCGGACACUCCCCGACGGCACACCCACCCUCCUAGAGGAGACCCGCCUCCCACAAGGGAUACUCGUGACAGAAGACUCGCAGAAGGAGCAGUGGUAUGUUGGCAGCAUUGACCAGGGCACCACUUCGUCUCGCUUCCUCAUCUUCAACGGCGAUGGUGAACCCGUGGCGAGCCAUCAAAUAGAGUUCAAGAACCUGUACCCCAAGUCAGGAUGGCACGAGCACGAUCCCCAUGAGCUUGUUGACUCCGUCGAGAAAUGUAUCGAGGGGGCGAUGAAGCAGUUUGUCGAAAAGGGUCACUCUAAAUCAGAUGUUCGUUGCAUUGGCCUCACCAACCAGCGCGAAACCACAGUUGUGUGGGACAGCAAAACCGGCGAGCCACUCUACAAUGCCAUUGUAUGGCCCGAUACUCGGACAAACUCGAUUGUGCGCGAGCUCAAGGGGCGCGACGGAGCUGAGAGCAUUACGGAUCUUUGUGGACUUCCCCUCUCUACCUACCCCAGUAGCGUCAAACUUAUGUGGCUCCUCGAGAACGUCGAGUCGGUCAAGCAAGCGUACCAGGAGAACCGCCUCGCGUUCGGCACGGUCGAUUCGUGGCUUAUCUACCAGCUCAACGGCGGUGCUAAAGCCGAGAAGCCCGUUCACGUCACCGACAGCACCAACGCCAGUAGGACUAUGUUUGUGAACCUACACGACCUGCAAUACGACGACAAACUUUUGGGGUUCUUUGGCAUCGACAAGUUCAAAGUGCAGCUACCCAAGAUUGUCCCGUCGUCGGACUCGGAGGCUUUCGGCAAGCUCGCUAACGGGCCGUUGGCUGAUGUGCCCAUUACCGGAUGUUUGGGUGACCAGUCUAGCGCCCUGGUCGGCCAAUGCGGCUUCAAACCCGGUCAGGCUAAGAACACGUAUGGAACUGGAUGUUUCCUCUUAUACAACGUUGGGGAGGAACCCGUCAUCUCCAAGCACGGCCUUCUCUCGACGGUGGCUUACGACUUUGGCCGCGGCCAGAAACCGGUGUACGCCCUAGAGGGCAGCAUCGCCGUCGCUGGCUCGGGAGUCAAGUUCCUCCAGAAUAACCUUGGCUUCAUCAAGGAUUCUAGCGAAGUUUCCACGCUCGCUGAAACAGUUUCUGACAGCGGUGGUGUUGUGUUCGUCACGGCUUUCAGCGGUCUCUUUGCUCCUUACUGGAUUGACGACGCCAAGGGCACACUCUUCGGCGUCACCCAACACACUAACAAGGGCCACAUUGCUCGCGCCACCCUCGAAGCCACCUGCUUCCAAACUCGCGCCAUCCUCCAAGCUAUGGAGAAGGACUCAGGACAGAAACUCGAAUCUCUCGCCGUCGAUGGUGGCUUGUCCGCCUCGGAUCUCACCAUGCAAACCCAGGCAGACAUCACUGGUAUCCCGGUCAACCGCCCCGGUAUGCGGGAGACCACUGCUCUAGGAGCCGCCAUUGCCGCUGGUCUUGCUACCGGCGUGUGGCGGAAACUGGAUGAGCUCAACGAGGUCAACCAAGUUGGUCGGACCGUCUUCGAGCCCCAGAUGGACAAGGAGAUUGCCGAGAAAAUGUUCAAGAGGUGGGAAAAGGCUGUUGAGAUGAGUAGGGGUUGGAUGCAUGAGGAUUAG